AUGAUUAAUGCCAAUGAUAACUUAGAAGAUGAAUUCGAUGGACUUACCAUAGAGAAACUAUCAGGAAUUAAGAGAUCCAUAUUAUAAUCUAGAGAUGUUCAUGAUUGGUUUAAGAAAAGGUUAAUUUAUUGAUUGUAAUAUCAGAUAUAAUGAUAAAGUCAAAAAAAAAUAUUUGUAUUUCCCAGAAGAAAUCAAACAAUAAUUGGAGGUUAAAAAAAUCUUCUAAAAUUUUGACUAAAAUAAAUCAAGUAUGGAAGUUAAAUUUAAUUUAGACAAUUUGGAUAUGAGUGAAUUAUACGAGAUGUUUUAAAAAAAUGGCUUCAAAAUAACUGAAGAACAAUUGCAAAAGUUUUUCAAAAUUGUUGAUAAAGAUAGAGAUAGUAAUUGAUAAAUGUAAUCAAAGAUGCUUUAAAUUGGAGUGAAUUCAAAAAUUCAGCCUUUAACGAACAGGCAGCACAAGGUAUGCAUUAUCAUUUAUAUUUUUAGUCUUCUACGAAAUUAUGAAAGAACUAAGAGAGAAUAUGGAAAAAGAAUAAAAAUUAGACAGUUCUUCACCAGCUGGAAAAUACAUGCCCUUCACUUUUAAUAAUAUGAUCUCUUAUUUAAGCUAUUUAGCAAGUCGUGAUGAAUUAAAAAAAUCUAUUGAUGUAUAUAUAAUCUUGUUAUUUUAGGAUAAUUCCAUUUCUCAAUUGGAAAAGUUUAAAAAGUAUAUGGAAAUUAUUAAUCUAAAUUCCACAAUUAAUGUUUAAAAAAGAAAUCAAUCCACUCCUGAGGUGGAUAUCAUUCAUGAAGAAGUUGGAGAAAGUCAAAAUUUAGAUUAAGAGUAAGAAUUUGUUAAAAGAAAUGAAUAAAGAUUUAACUUAUACAAAAACUCAUGUAAAUUAAAUCACCUUAACAUAGUUUAUAAUUCUUAGAGUGCUUCAAAGAGUCCUAAAUCUUAAAAAUAACCUAAUAUCAUUUAAAGGGAAUAAUAAUUGAAAGUUCCCAAAAAAUUAAGAGAAAUUGAUGCUAUUGUAAGAUCGCACCAAGUACCUGAAACUUAAAGUUUAUUUAAAUUAAAAGAAAAAACUAAUAAUUCUAUCAUUAAAUUAAAGCAAGACGUAUCUAAAUAUAUACAUUUAGCUAAAACUUAAUAUAAUAUUAAUGUAGAGGAAUUAUAAAUAGUAAAUACUCCUUAUUAUUGUUAUAGUAAAGCACAAAAAGUAAACCACCACUUACUUUGAAAAUCAGGAAUUUCGAAGAAGACUUUAAAAAUGCAUUGGCAGCUCAUUAAAUGUCAUAUAGUAAUUCUGAACCUUAUUUUAAAUUUAAUGGAUCUUCAGUUUAGGAACCUCAAUUACCUAUUCUCGAAGAAAAAUCAAAAACAAUAACAAAUCCAAUAUUACCUGGAGAUCAUUUACCAAUAUCUGUUUUAUAAGAAUUAAGAAAAUUUUAAAGAACAUAACAAAAUUCCUUUAACUCCAAUACUUUUAAAUCCUUAUUUAAAACUCAAAGUGAUGUAAUAUUUAUAAAUAAAUGCAUUAGUUUACAAAGACAGCUAUCAGCUAAAAAUCUAGAUCUUAAGGAAGAUUCAUGAACAUUUAAAAUCAUGAGAAAUUUUAAUUUAGUGUUCCAUAAACAGCUAAACCAAAUUAACUGAGAAGUUAAUUAUCAACUGCUCCCUAAUUAAGAGUUGGGACAAAUUAUGGAAUGAAAGUAAUUUAAAUCUUAUAUAUUCUAAAUUAGAAUCUUUAAAAAGUUGAGAUUUAACCUUUACUAGGAAAAUCACUGAUAAAAUAAUGA